AUGCCGUUGCGUCCGAGGUUUCCGCCCGUGGGGUGUAAUAUGAACGACAUGGGAUACCCCUUCCGAGGGGAGUACAAAGUAGAGCCUCCGCUCAAUCACGGCCACACGGGGGUGCUCCAAAAGGGUUCCACCGCCCUUAUGCUCCGUAUAACGGGCGCAAACCUUCUCAUUGAGAAACUGCAGCAGGGCAAAGGACAGGUGUUGCACUGCGAACUCGGUGUGGACAAUGGCCCUUCAAGGACAGUUGUUUUUCCAUUCGGCGGAGGUGCUGUGCCCGUGCCCGGCGAUGGCCAUGAGUACCACCUGAACGCCGUGGUACAGGGAGGCGGUGGGAAACAUCGUUGCAAGAUCAUUUUGAGUGGAAGUGAGGGGAAGAGUGUUCUACGACUGCGAGCGCCACCGGAUUCUCGGCUCGCGGAUGGCAUUAUGCUGACUGUGGACGGAAAGCGAGUUCAUCCCAAAGGAGGCUGGUACGAGAUUCCCAUUCAGGCCAAGGAGUGUUCCUUAGGGAUGGCGGAAAUGGAGCAUCCGAGGCGUUCCCCUUCCUCACUGGCAGUCGCAUCAUUGCCGCCACCCGCCACCAUUUUGGUUCAGGCCACCGCUGGAAAUCAAGACGAUGCCGUUCUUUUCUGCAGUGGGAGCGGUGAGGCUAUUCAUCUCACACCGAACCGACCCUUCACAGUAGCGGUAGAAAGCGGUCCAUUUACAUUUCAGCUGCCUCGUGCAGCGGCAACACAGCCGUUC